CUCACUUCACCUGUACUGCGCAUUCCUUGAGAGUGUGACACUGUCACAUGCACGGCUUAUGCACUCUGGUGCUCCCAGCAGGCUGACUGCACUCUGUCACAGCACCAUUCCAACACCUGAAUAUUUUGUAGAGCUCCAAGUGUUUGAGAAGCUACUAGGUGUAACUGCAGCCAGAUUCUACACGGAACAUACCUCUGAGUCAGUUCAGAGUCCCUUAUAGAUGCUGGGUGUGAAAAACUCAGUGUAUGCCAACUUGAACCAAAUUUCUGCAAUGAAAGAAUAAAAUCAUUUCUUGCACAUUAUAAUAUAGCAAAACAACUCUUGAAGUCAAGACCAUUCAACCCUCCUGUGGAAUCAUGUUCCUUUUUCUACUUGCCUUACUUCCCUCUGCUCUAAGUCAAACUGCAGCAACUGCCAAUGCCAAUAAGAAUGCAACAGAGAGAAGAGAGAUGAGCAGACAGCCAGUCAGCACACCUCUGACAUCCACUGAUGGCACCAUGUUACCUUCAACGUUCACUGCGGCACCAAGAGAUGGAAGAAAUAGCUCUGCCCCAAACUUGAAAAGAAUCUUGAUAUCCUCAGCAACACUUACAACACCAGGUGACUUCUCUACAACAGCCAAAGAUGCUGCUUCUGUUUCUGCUGACGUGCCAUUCACAGCAACACUGAGCAGCUCUGCACCCACAGUGAGCACCCAUCAGGCAGCAGCACUCCCCAGUGACAGCCCUUCCACCAUCCCCACUACGAUCCCCGCAGGCAGUGCUCUGACAUCCCCCACAAUGAUGCAGGACAGUCCCACACCAGACCUCAACACCAUUCAGCAGACAGCAGACUUGAAGCAUAGUUUUACCAACACUUCUCCUGUACUGCCUAAGGAAGAAGAUACCAAUAAAGGCAAAACCAGCAAAACAGGAGUAAUAGUUGGUAUCACCGUAGGAGUUUUGGGAUCUAUAUUAAUUGGUCUGAUGGGAUGUUUUCUGUGCGAUAAGGAAAGAUCUGAAUCAUUUUCCCACAGAAGGCUUUAUGAUACAAGAAACGAUCCAGUUUUCCACUUAGAUAACUCGCUUGGACCAUAUGAAACCAGUUUUGGGACUGCUCCUGAUGGUGAAUGCAGCACGGCAGAUAAUGCAGAGUGCCCACAUGAUAGCAUCCCUAUGGAUGACGUGACGCCAUCUGACCCUGAUCUGUGAAUUUUGCUUUGGAUUAUGUUCCCACUUGCUGUCACAAGAUGCAUUGACACAUAAGGGGCAGGGCCCAGGACCAGAGCAGCGCUCUUCUGAUUUGAAAUGAGAUGAUCAAUGUCUAGUUUUCACAGGAGAGUUUUAGACUUGCUUUCUUAGGAAUAAUAUAGAGAAAUAACACAUGGGUAAAAUUCCUCUUUGUGUAACCUUGGGCAUGAAUGUGGACAUUGUAACAGCACAAUCUCUGACUAGGAUUGCAAUAUUAUGUUAGCAUCAGUACAACCUUUUCCCCAACACUUUCAUGACCUUGAGGUGAAACUAUUCUGUCCAAAUAUCAUUUCUGUCUGAUUAAUGACUCAGGACAUUAUUUUUCCCAGUCUACAUUUGUAUCUUCCACAGAGAAUAACACAAAAAGAAUUAGUUUCACUUGGAUUACCCAGAGGUUGAAGUCUGUUGGAGUGAAUGGCAUUACUGAGUAACAUGAACUAAAAGUAACCUUUGACUGUGAUGACACAGUGAAAAACAUGAUCAAAGGGAAAAACAAAGGACAAGCCUCUAUCCAUCUGUCAAACUGAUUAGUUGUUUGCAUUACAGGCAUGAUCUGCAGAAACUAUUCAACACUUUUUGUAAAGGUUAGACAGAAGAAAUAAUUGUCUCAAUAUGAAAGGAAUUAGCACUGCCAUGCAUACAGAUAUCCUAAAAAGCAUGUGCUGUGUCCAGCUAAUGAGUAAAAAUAUGGCAAUAAAAUGCAAAUAACUGCAGUUUAUCUGUUCGCAGUCUACAGAAAGGUCUAUGUAGAAAGAAAGAAAAUGAAAACAGAUGUAGCUGUAGAGGUAUAGACAUAAUAAAAGACAAAACAAAUAGAAUUAAGUGCACAGAAAAUAGCUACUCGCAUUGAAUAUAUGCAUGAUAUUAUGAUGUUAGAAUACCCUAUUUAUUGUUGAGACUGCAAUCAUGCUGGUGGAACAAUCUCACUAACUCACUGUAAAGGCUGCAAUGCAUAUAUAAAUUAUAAGCAUGCACACACCACAAAGAGAAACAGUGGUGGUGACACAGAAGAAGAAUAGGGCACAUAUCUAUUUUAAAGUAGUUGAAAGAGUAUAGAAUCGAAUGGCUAACGUGUAGUUUUGCCAUUCCUAUAGGGAUCAAUAACAAAACCUCGUCUGAACCACUGUUCUUUCCAGCAGUAUAGAACCACAGUACCAAUUGCAAAUGUAAUGUAAUUGCAAGGCUACAACAGGAAGAGCAGGAGCCAAUGAAGAAAUAUCAAGUAUGGCUUGGGUUGGAAGGGACCCCAAGGAUGCCCAUCAGUUCUGUUAAUGUUUAACAAUCUAGUUAUGUGUUCUGUGUGCACGUGCAUAUGGCUUAUGCUAUCCUAGUAUGCCUUUUAGGUUUCUAUAUUGUUAUUAGGUUUUACCAGGCCAGCAUCUAAAAUCUGUAACAUGUCUGACGCUUCAUUGUAAAUAGAAUGAUUAUUGCUUAUUCUUCUUACAUUUUGUGUAAAUAACGAUAUGUUGUGGCAUUUGAAUGUUUAGAAUUGUAAUAGCUGGCUUCAUUUCAGACAUAUGUAUGUAUGUGAUCUGAUGUCAUUAUUUCAGGGUUUGCACAUACCUAAACAUAGACACAUGCUUAUGUUGGUGAAAUUAAUUAUCUCCUGUUCCAAUUAUUUUUCUAAUAAAUCUUUUCUACUUUCCAGCAGCAAAAUACUAUUAGCCUCAGUGAAAACUAAUCUCAUUAAAUGCUUCAUGCUGGAAUCAUCGCAUCUGUCUUGUGUGGCAGCAUUAUAUCGACCUUCUAAAAGAAAAAACUGUUACUGGUAAUUUCUGUUCAACAUAGCCACCCUGCUUCACUCCCCGUGAUUUUAUGAUGUUGGAAUGAAUGUGUUAUUUCAACUGUGAAUUUGAAUAUGAAUAGUUAAAUUGCUGUAAACAUCUAUAAUCAAAUCUUUGUUAUCCUCUAAUUAAGCUCUGCAAAGAAUUCUCAUUCACUCCAUAAGAAUUCUCUACAUGGGCUCUGAUCACCUGAUCUAGCUGUAGCUCUGUUCAUUGCAGGGCAGUUGGACUAGAUGACCUUUAAAGGUCUCUUCCAACCCUAAGGAUUCUGUGACUCCAUGAAGUGAUCCCAUAUGUUUGCCUGCAUGGCAUAAAACUCAGGCUUAAGGACACUUGGGGCACUAAAGAUAGUCAUUACAUUAGCAAUAAUAGGUAUUAUUUUCAACCACUGCUAGCACGGUAAUUGAAGUGGAUGAAAACAGGAAAAAAAAGAAGUGUUUAUGCAAUAAAAACUUAAUCCUUCUGUAAUUUUCAUUAUUAACUAUAACCUCAUAAUCCAGUAAUCCCCAAAAAGGGUCAGGUCAAUUAAAAAACAAUAUUAAAACGUACUUACCCCAGAUUGCCAUGAAAAUUGCAAAGAAGACAGUCCCUCCAUUAUCAAACAAAUGUGUAACCUGAACAGAAAAUAAAUAUAUCAGUAACAAACAAUAUUGCCACCUUCAUUUCCACACCAAACACAGAGUACAUCACUGAUGGCAGAAAUUAAAAGCCAAGCAUUCCAGUAAGAAGUCCUGUUUGAGUGCUUCUUUUAUGAACAUUUGUCCCAUCCCAUUUUUGCCUUGUUUUCCUUGACUAUCACUUGGAGAAUCUCCAGAUUGCUUGCUUCACAGACAGUAAGCUGGAGAUGCUCUGUGACCAGACAGGCUUAAAAUUCUUCCUAUGUAUAUUACUUAGUUAAUAUCUCUUAAUUUCAUUUUCUACUUCUCCCAAGCUAUCCCACAAUUUCUCUGCAGGCAACAAUAAAAUUCCUUUACAUACAGACACCUCAACAAAUCUUCCUUGUUAAAAGGCUAGUGCCUUUUAACAUGCAAUAAAUUCUAAGUAACCAACUCUGAAAUGUAAAUCUAAACCAUGUAUUUCAUUUCCCUUUAUAAAUGCUCUACUUCUGAUCCUAUGAUUUAUCCCUUAUCUCACUCUUUUUUAUAAGCUCUUUGGGGCAGAAUGUGAAUUCUGCUGUAAGGUCCAAAGAUUACCAGUAGAAAAUAAGGAAUAAUUAGUUUUUGCAAACCUGUGGAUCACCCUAGGAUUCUCUCUUCUGCAUAGAUUAGAACUUGUACUACAAAAACCCAACCAUAAUAAGAAAUGGUAUUUAGGAAGUUGAAGUUUAGAUCAAUGCUCUUUAAAUCAGUGCCAGGUUGCCAGUUGACAGCAAUAUACAGGAAUAGCGGUCCUAUGUUUCUUCUUAUGAAAGGUGGUUAAGAUGCUGCUGAGCAUUAGGAAGAAAAGUAUAGUCUUCAAAUUCAUGUUUUGGAGAAAGGGAUAGAUGAGGGGGAAAAAAAGCACAAAACAUUACAAGAUAACACAAACUAACUUGUAACAAGGCAUAUGCUAGGAAGAGAAAUUGAAGAGAAAGAAGAAGCGUGGUGAAUAGUUUUUAUGUAUAUUCUCAUUAUUUCCCUCUUUCUGAAAAAUAAUGGGUAAGCAGGAUCAUUUGGUAGAAAACAUGUAACUGGCUCUGCUUUUAGCUCUGUCUUGAGAUAGAUCACUUGGGCUACAACCAUUCAGCACCACACUUAGGAUGCUGGUCAGUCAGCACACCUGGCUGAUACUAUCACUAUGCUUUCCCACACUUCAUAUCCACUUCAAAUCAAUAUCCUACCAGUGAGCUCCAGUGCAAGGUGCUCUGGAAACAGAACCAGCCCAGGAGCCACCAUGCACCAUUCUGAUCAUCUCUGCUAAUCAUAGCAAUCAAGUGGGCAAUGAUGACAGCUCGGGCAUUCAGCAAUUCAGAUUGCAACUCAGGUAUUACGUGCUUUUCCCUUAAAUUAUAAGCUUUACAGUAUUGGAGCAUUUUUAAACAGACAUGGAAAAAAAGAGGGAAGUGACAAAAGAAAUGGGCAGGAGCAAGAAGGAAAAAUGCAGCUUUUGUGUAUUGUUUGCCAGUCUGGCAAGAGACCACAGAGAAAGCAUCUGAAGUACAUAAUUUUCCUGCAUUACUUUGUUUUCUCUGAAGUACUCCCCUAAAGGGAAGCUUGGGAAAUGUAAGAAAGGAAUGUUUAAUGAAAGAAGCCCUGACAGCAAUUUUAAUAAGAAGAAACAUGAGCCCAAGUCUUUCAUAUAAAUGAGGCAGGUCCCAUGACAUAAGCAGGCUUGGGGAGGUAAAAUUCACUUUUCUUAAUAAACUUAAUUCUAGCAUGCUUAUAUACAAUGAGUUGUUCCAAACAACAGAAUAAAUAUUAGAAUUCUUAUUCCAGAAUAAGAGUGUUUCCCUGAAAUGAAACAAUAAGAACCUCCUUUGAAGAUCAUUCCUUGUACAUGAAGCAAGUUAGGAAAAAAGUUCCAUUUUGAUAUCAAGUUAUAGCAGUAUGUAAAAGCCGAGCACAAUUUAGCCUUAAAUAUAACCCCAAGUGCGUGGGGAUAGGACUAGGGGUAAUGGGAUGAAAGUACAGCAUAGGAAAUUCCGCACGAAUGUGCGGA